GUACUAUGUAGGUAUUCCAACUUUUUUGUCCUCUUCAAGUGCCACCGUGCCGGCGAAACAGACAUUGAACAACUCAGGUAUGAAGGUCGACGAGGGAUGAGAGGAUAGUACAAGAUGGUCGCCGCAUGCCAUUGUUUCUUGACGUAAAUAUCCAUCCCUUAACCUUGGAAAGCCGGCCCAGCUUGCAAUUCUGCUGUCCGCUGCUGCGAAAGUGUUAGCUUUGCUUUUACUAUAUCUAGGUAGAGAUAGUCUAACACCAUCCCGGACCGACGCCACAUAUCUGCCUCUUUGUCUUCGCGCCCCCGACUUCCCUAUCCUUUGCAAUCUGUUGCACCAACGCCAUAGCAGAGGCGCCCGCAGCGUUCUAUCAUCUGGGUAGUGGCCUUUGGAGCUGGCCUCGGGCUGGUUGUCAUCUGAGGCCGUUUAAGAAGGGCGUGCAACCGUCCCUUACUUCGAUAUGUCCUUUACAGUGCCUAGAAACGCGCCUUCCUUUAACAAUCCACAAAGGGUCGUUGAGGACCAUAUUUGGGGCAGUACGGCAGUUGCGCGUGGUCCUAAUAGCAAGAACGGGUCUGGAGGAGGCAUACUCGGUACUGGCUUGUUCGAGAAUCGCAAUGCUCUGCCCAUGUACAAGGAUAAGCCGUAUGCAUAUCCGCCGUCACAUCGCCGCCGGCCGCUCUGGAGGCGGAAGCGAACAUUCGGCUUUGGACUUAUAGUGAUAUCGCUACUCUACUACUUUGGUGCAUUUCAAAAGCAUCAUGAAACUGCCACCUCUUCUUGGGGCUGGCUGACUUCGUCAUCCGAGUCCGGCAAGUCUAAGGAUUGGUUACACCGGCGCCAGCGCGUCGUUGAAGCCUUUGAGCUGAGUUUCGAUGCGUACUCACGUUAUGCAUGGGGAUACGACGAAUUCCAUCCGAUGUCUAAGAAAGGCAGACAGAUGACUCCUAAGGGUAUGGGCUGGAUCAUAGUCGAUUCGCUGGAUACAAUGAUUCUCAUGAAUCUCACUUCCCGUGUCACCCAUGCUAGGGAAUGGAUAUCCAAUUCAUUGACAUAUGAUCAGAGCCAGGAUGUGAGCACUUUUGAAACCACCAUCCGUAUGCUUGGAGGCCUGUUAUCGGCUCAUUAUUUGUCCAACGAAUAUCCCACUCUCGCACCCCUCUCCGAUGAUGAUGAAGGCGCUCCCGGAGAAGAUCUUUAUCUCGAAAAAGCUAGGGAUCUGGCUGAUCGCCUGGUAGUAGCUUUCGAUUCACCCUCUGGUGUCCCUUAUGCAAGCGUCAACAUUGGAGAGUAUAAGGCCCUCCCCGCGCAUGAUGCCGGGGGUGCCUCGUCUACCGCGGAGGCAACUACAUUGCAGCUAGAGUUCAAAUAUCUUGCCAAGUUAACAGGCGAGAAGGACUUUUGGAAUAAGGCAGAGAAGGUCAUGGAAGUGGUUGAUAACAAUGCCCCCAAAGGCGGUCUCGUACCCAUCUACAUCAAUCCCAAAACUGGUGAAUUCCACGGCAGCAACAUUCGACUAGGCAGCAGGGGAGACUCGUAUUAUGAAUAUCUGAUUAAACAAUAUCUACAAACGAACAAGCAAGAGUCGCUAUACCUCGAGAUGUGGGAUGAGACCCUUCAGGGAGUUCGAGAUCAUCUCGUCACUUACACCGAGCCUUCAAAGUUCACGAUUAUUGGUGAACGACAGUCCGGGUUAGAUAAUUUACUGACCCCCAAGAUGGACCACCUAGUCUGUUUCAUGCCUGGAACUAUCGCCCUCGCCGUGACGGGAGGGCUGACUGAAGCCGAAGCCAAGAAGCGUGGACCUUGGACAAAGAAGAACGAGGCUGAUAUGCAGCUCGCCAGAGAGCUAAUGCACACUUGCUGGGGCAUGUAUAAGUAUAUGGCCACAGGCUUAGCCGCUGAAAUCACAUACUUCAACAUUGCUGAUCCGCCUCUUCCUGAAUCCGCUCCACAUCAGGCACCGGCGGAUUUCGACCCAGACCCGGAGGCGGAGUGGCGCAAGGAUUUUGACGUGCACGCAGCCGAUGUUCACAACCUUCAACGACCCGAGACGGUGGAGAGUCUGUUCUACAUGUGGAGGAUCACAGGCGAGGUCAAAUACCGCGAAUGGGGCUGGGAGAUGUUCAAAUCAUUCAUGAACUACACAGCAGUGCCAGAUGGCGGGGGUUUCACGAGCCUUUCGGACGCCAACAAGAUACCUCCGGUAACUCGCGACAAUAUGGAAAGCUUCUGGCUGGCCGAAACUCUGAAAUACUUCUAUCUACUUUUCUCCCCUAAUGACCUGCUCCCGCUGGACAAAAUAGUUCUCAAUACGGAGGCUCACCCCUUUCCACGAUUUGACAUGGGUCCGAUUCUCUCGACGGGAUGGCAACGAAAGCCAAAGACGGUAGAUACCACAGCGGCUUGAUGAUGAAACUAAGUUUUUUCUAUGACCAUGCCGUGUCUUUGGUUUGAUGGGAUUACCAUCGUAAUACUUAGGCAGCUAGCGGUGCAUCAUUGAGCAAGGCAAUGGCCAGCAGACCUUACCAAGCACAUAAAUAUUGCUAUCUGGGACAUUGUAUGGAAGCCAAAUAGUGCAAAAAUCCUCUAGCUAUAAGACUACUCGAGGAAAUCUACAGGUUGGAGAGGGGAAUGCAUUAUUGCUGAUAAUAAUGUCAGCUACAUAUAACUCGGUAUCUCUUGAUCAAAACAUACGGGACUUCGAAGGAGUUUAUGAAUUUCAUACAAUUUUCACACAUUCUUUUUUAUUCAGUACCUUUUUCCUACUAGACAGCACCUUGGACCUUGGAAAUGGGUAUGCUUUGCCCACCAAUCAGACCAUCUUAAUUGCUGAUGAUAAGAGUGCUUUAAAUCU